AUGAAUGUCGUUCACAAGUUUAAGACUGAUGUAUGCAACCAACAAAUAUGGCUUGCAGCUUACGCAUGGAACAAGACGGAAUGUGAUAGGCAUUUUGAGGUGCUGAAACAGAUGGACCCUGCCAUUGCUACAUACGUCGAGCAAAUAGGGUUUGAAAAGUGGGCUCGUCCUUAUUGUCCAGGCGAUCGGUACAACAUAAUGACAAGCAACGCUGCCGAAAGCUUCAACAAGGUGACAGAAGAAUUCAGAAAAUAUCCAGUAACUAUUUUGGUUGACUUCAUCAGGUUCACACUUCAAAAUUGGUUUGCUUCUCGUCUCGAAAAGGCUAGUAAGUGCGCUACUCCUUUGGCUACUACUUUUGAAAAUGAUUUAAAGGAUCAACACAAAGAUGGUAUGUUCAGGAGUGUCCUUCGUAAUGGUGCCCAAUUGUUCAACGUUGGUACGAGUCCUCAAGGUGAGAGAGGUGGUGAUGUGAACUUAGUGGAGAGAACAUGCACUUGCGGACUUUUCCAAACACUCAAAAUCCCUUGUCCCCAUGCAUGUGCCGUAGCAGUUAGUCAGAAUGUGAGCGUGUACACACUUUGCUCUCCAUAUUACACUAAAGAAACGUGGAAGAAGAUCUACGAUGCCCCAAUUAAUAUUGUUGGCGAGGAGGAUGAGUGGGUACUACCGGAACAUAUCAAGAACAUAAGAAUCGGGGUACCAGUGGAGAAAAAACCAGUAGGUCGGCCUAGGAAGAGCAAUGCAGGUAGAAGACCGACGAAGCGUCGACCGUCUAGUGGUCAGGUGGUAGUGGAACCUCGUCAUUGUUCGCUAUGUCACGGUUCAGGGCACAACAGAGCUACAUGCAAAGCUCGAGUUUGA